CCGAGAGCCGGCGCCCAUUGGCCCCGCCCCGACCCCACGCGCCCCGGCAGCCGGCGCCCAUUGGCCCCGCCGCGCGCCCCGGCAGCCGGCGCUCAUCGGCGGCGGCGAUGCUGGCGGCGGCGGGCGGCGGCGGCUCGGCGGCCGGGCCGGGCCCCGGCGGCGGCGGCGGCGGCGGCGGCGGCGGGGACGGGGACUUCCUGUCGCGGUACCGGCUGGUGUCGGCCAAGCUGCGGCGGCGGUUCCUGCGGAAGCCGAACGUGGCGGAGGCGGCGGAGCAGUUCGCGGCGCUGGCGCGGGAGCUGCGCGCCCAGGAGAGCCUGCCCUACGCGGCCUGGUGCCAGCUGGCCGUGGCGCGCUGCGCCCAGAGCCUCUUCCACGGGCCCGCCGAGGCGGCGGCGCUGGCCGAGGCGGCGCGGCUCUUCCUGCGCCAGGAGCGCGACCUGCGGCAGCGCCUGGCGCUGCGCGGCGGCUUCGGCGAGCACGCGGCGGCGGCGCAGAGCUGCGGCGCCUUCGCCGCCCGCCUGCACCUGGAGCGGGGGCAGCCGGCGCUGGCGGCCGGGCUCUGCCUGGAGCUGGCGGCGGCGCUGCGCGACACGGGCCGGCCGGCGGGCGCCGCCGCGCCGCUGCGGCGGGCCGCCGAGCUGCUGGCGGCGGCGCGGCUGCCGCUGGAGGCGCUGCGCUGCCUGGGCGAGCUGGCCUCCUGCCUGCUGCUGGGCGGCGACUACGCGGGCGCGCUGGCGGCGCUGACGCGGGCGCAGGCGCUGGCGCGGGCGGGCGGCGGCGGCGGCGCCUUCCGCGACGCGCUGGUGCGCUGCGAGGUGUCGCGGGUGCUGCUGCUGCUGCUGCUGCAGCCGCCGCCGGCCAAGCUGCUGCCCGAGCACGCGCGGACGCUGGAGCAGUACUGCUGGGAGGCGCCCGAGGGCGGCGCGGCGCCGGGGCCCGGGCCGGGGGCGGCGGCGGGGGCGGGGGCGGGUCCCGGGGCGGGGGGGCCGGCGGCGGCGGCGGGCUGCCUGCCGGCCGAGCUCUUCCUGCUGCUGCAGUCGGCCGUGCUGGCCUGCCAGGAGAAGGACCUGGAGGCGCUGAAGGCGCUGCAGGCCGAGCUCUGGCCGCUGCUCAGCGCCGAGCAGAACCACCUGCUGCACCUGGUGCUGCAGGAGAUGACCAGCCCCGCGGGCCAGGGGCUCUGAGGCCUGGCCCGGCCGCCGCGGCGGGAGCCGCUCUCGCCCUCGUGGCCCCGGCACGGACGCUGCGGCGCUUUUCCCCGUCGCCUCCCCGGAGAGGGAUCCUGCUGCCCGUGCGACGGCGGGGCGCUUUGUGGCGAGACCCUCUCGCGCUGCUGCGGUCGCCGCAGGGGCCAAGUUGGCGCUGGCAGCUGCAGCCCCGUCACCCGCUGCCGUUCCUGGACGCCCUGAGCAGCGCUCCCCGAUGCGGCGCGUCCCUCCCGGCCUUCCUUCUGGUGCCAAAUUCCCGACGGAUGGGGAGCAGCUCCUUCGCCCUCGCUCGGCCCAAGGCCGUUCGUGGUGCAGGGCGAAGCCGUCCUGGAGGAGACCCCGGAGCGCGCGGGAGCCCCGGGCAGGCCAGGGCGGCUCCUGGCUCCCUGCUGCAGCGGUGCCUGCCCGGCCGCGGGUGCCCAGCGAGGGCCGGUGUUUGCGCGAGCGGUGGAGCCGGUGUUACGGGAGCCGGCGGGAAAGCCCUGCCCUGUGCGUUGCAGUAAACGGACUGUGUGUGCACUUUA